GGUUGAACCCUGAUGUUGCAGGAAGUGGAGACACGGCGGCUGCGAAUGUCUUCAAACAAUUUCAGUCUUUAAAGCGACAUAAAGAUGAUGCGAAGACCCCGAACAACAACUUGCAAAGUUGAACAGUACAGAGACAUGGACUCUGACCUGUCAUCUAGCCAGAUAAUCAGUAGUGAUGAGGACAGUGUGGAGUGGAUUCCAUCUGAGCCAAAGCCGAAAGCACCCAGCAAGACGGCCAGCGCCCCUGCUGCAGGGGGGAGGAAAGCAGUUGCCAAGAGAGCUGUGAAACCAAAGCAGCCAAAACCACCCAAAGAACCAAAAGCUCCCAAAAUGCCUAAAGAGCCUAAAGCUGCUAAGCCAAGGGCACCACGCAAACCUGCAGCAGAGCGAAAACCACGGGUGUCUGCAGCGCUUAAGGCUUCUGGUGGAUCUGGGUUGGCUGGAACUAAGGUUGGAGAAGACAAAGGAGAAAGCACAGGGGGUUGGAGGGCUGAAGAAAGUGGGCCGAGUAUUAGAAUGAAAGAUGAGAGGUUGUCAUUUAUUGUGUCAGAAGCCAAUGAGGCAGACAGGUGGGCAAAUGAGGGGUCAUCACUUGCUGGCCUCAGAGCAAAGAAAGAGGAAGUAGAGGAUGAGGAUUUCACAUUUGAUGAGCCCUGUCUAAAGAAGCAGAAGACCAGCAGUGCCUCCCAAGGACGACCGACUGAUUUACCACUGCCAGUUGCACAAGCUCUUAGGAAUGAGCUCAAUAUGAACUGGAACUUACCACAGCUGCUGUCCACCAUGACCUGUGUGGAGAACUGGGUGUGUGUAAAUAUCAUUGGUUUGCUCCGGGAGGAGAACACAGUGCCGUUCAUGGUGCGCUACCGCAAAGAGAUGAUAAACCAUAUGGAUGCUGAUGCAGUCCGGGACGUCCAGCUGGUAUUUGAGGGGUUAUGCGCCCUGGCUAAGAAGACCCAGUCUGUGAUUCAGACCCUGAAGAAAGACGGAGUUCUGACAACCGAGCUGGAACAAAACUUGAGGAGCUGUCGAUCCGCUGAUGAUCUGGAUCAUGUGUAUUCUCCCUAUAAAAAAGGAAGUAAGCUUACAAAGGCUCGCAAAGCCAAAGCCCUUGGCCUUGAGGUGGCUGCCACUGCUCUGAUGGAAACACCUCACACUCUGGAUAUGCAGACAUGGGUAAAACCUGAUACUCAAGGUCUGUCAUCGGUGGAAGAAGUGGCUACAGGUGUGGAGCAUAUCUUGGCUGAUAUUAUCGCCAAAGACCCGGAGACACUCACCUAUGUAAAAACAUUGUGUGAGAACAAUUUUGUGACCAUCCAUUCAUCUGUGUCCAAGUCCGCACUAAAGGGAAAAGAGCAGGAGAAGACUGAUCCGAGCCGACGAAAACCGGGGGCCCAGCAAAACAAAAACAUAGACAUUGACAAGUUCCACCUCUACUCUGACUUCACCAGCAGCAUCCAACGCAUCCAAGCUCAUCAGGUAGUCAUCCGUUCAUUAUUUCAUUCAACAGCACUAUUGUGGAGGCCGAAGACAUUUGCGAAACAGGAGCAUCAUGCAAUCAUCAGGAAUGCAGUAGAGGACUCUUAUAAAAGGCUCAUUCUGCCUUUCCUCACUAGGAGUUACAGGACUAAGCUGACAGUUGCAGCAGAGAAGGAAUCAAUUGCUAUGUUUGUGCGGAACCUCCGCCAGCGGCUGCUUGUUUCUCCAGUCAGGGGUUGUAUCGUAUUGGGGGUGGACCCUGGCUUUAGACACGGCUCUAAGCUGGCUAUUCUCUCCCCUACUAGUCAGAUUCUCCAUACCGAUGUAGUAUACCUGCAUAGCUCAAACCAGCCAAAAGAAGCAGAAAAACUGCGCUACCUCAUGACCAAAUACAGUUGUACCAAGGUUGUCAUUGGUAAUGGGACAGCGUGUCGUGAGACUGAGUCCUUCUUUGCUGACCUCAUCUCCAGGCGCUACUUUCACCCCCUGGACGUGUCCUACUGUAUAACCAAUGAGGCGGGAGCAUCCAUCUAUAGUGUGAGUCCUGAGGCAGUCAAAGAGAUGCCAGACCUGGACCCCAACCUUAGGAGUGCAGUGUCCAUUGGAAGACGUGUCCAAGAUCCACUAGCUGAGCUUGUGAAGAUUGAUCCUAAACACAUAGGCAUCGGAACAUACCAGCACGAUGUGUCAGCCGGAGCUCUGAAGGCAGCGCUGGACGGCGUGGUGCAGGAGUGUGUGAGCUUUGUGGGAGUGGACAUCAACAUCUGCUCUGAGACCCUGAUGAGGCAUGUGGCAGGCCUGAAUGUGAGCCAGGCGAAAAAUAUAGCCGAGUGGAGAGAGCAGAAGGGUCCCUUCAUCAACAGGGAGCAGCUCAAACUGGUCAAGGGCAUGGGGCCCAAGACCUACCAGCAGUGUGCCGGCUUCAUUAGGAUCAACCCACAAACCCUACACAGUUUGAAAACCUCACCUCACCCUGCACCAUCAGUACCAGUGAAACCAGUGACCAAGAGGGGCAAAGGAAAGACUUCAGUCAAUGUAUCAACCUCAUUUAACCCUCUGGACCAGACCUGUAUUCACCCUGAGUCGUACCACGUGGCACAAAGAUUUCUGUCCUUUGUGGGCGGCAGCGCAGACCAGAUUGGCACCGCAGGCCUGCGACAGUGUUUGGAGAGCAAGGUUAGGACCAGCAGUGUCGAGGAACUGGCCUGGACACUGGACACCACACCUGAGACCCUCAAACUCAUCAUCGACGGCCUCACGCAGCCCCCUGGGUUUGACAUACGACAAAAUUUUGGGCAGGCGGACUUUAAGAGGGGCAUUGUGUCGAUGAGUGAUCUGCGGGUGGGUGCGGUGCUGACGGGCCGAGUGGACAACACUGCUCUAUUCGGGGCUUUUGUAGAUAUUGGCGUGGGUCGCCCAGGCCUCAUCCAUAAGAGCAACAUCACGCUGGACAAGGUGCCUCUCAGCCAGCGCCGCCGCAGCCUUGCUCUGGGACCUGGAGAGCGGGUGGAGGUCCGGGUCCUGGAUGUGGACCCUCAGAGGGGACGGAUCGGCCUGGACCUGAUCAGGGUCCUAGAAUAAAUAAAUUCAUAUGCAUCAUUAACAUUAUGUAGCUGCAUUUGACUUUUGACUGGGAAUUACACAAGGACCUGCAAAGCAAAUGACUUCAUGAUGAUUACAGUGACCAUGACAGUGACAGUUAUUUUUGGUUCUGACAAUAAUCAUUCUGCAGUUUUUGCAUUUUUUAUGCAAAAUGGUUCAUUUAAAGACUGUUUCUAAGUUCAAUUCAAACAGUAGUAACAGUUGCCAUGUUCAUGGCUUGGAAACCUGAAGUUAUUUCCUCAGGUUGCAUUCUUUCUCAGUUACUACCUGUGCAUUUGUGAUGUACUGUUUUAUGAUAUUUAACACUAAACUUUAUUCUUUAAUUUAGGGCUAAUGUCCUGGUAGCUGUCCACACACUGUCGGUCAGAUCAGUGUAAUAGGCUGAGAUGCCAUGAAACCCAUUUAAUUUUGCACUUUAGCAGAACAGUGCUAAUAACUUCAAAGUUGAUAAUUUUUUCAAAAAUAAAUGGUAUGUAGACGUUAUUACAUGCUUUAAUAGAUCAAGAAGAAUUUUGUUUUGUUCUGUUAACGGUUCAUUAAAAAGACACAUUUUGAG